AUGAUGCCACUGGCGGAAGCAGGCGCCCUGGCCCACGGAGGGGGCCCUUCGGCGAUGGGGUGGGCCUGCACUCUGCGGAGGGUGCGGCUGAGGUGGCGCCCCCUCUUUGGUGAGGAGGGAGAGGGUGAUGGACAGUCUUUUCACCGGAAGAGCCCCAGGCACAAGCCGCCUCCCCUGCUAAGGGCAGAGCAUCCAGAAGAAGCAGUGAGACUUCAGCUGUCCUCAGAGACAGGAAAAGAGGGCGCUUCAGGCAGACAGAACAGCACAAGCCCAAAUUUGGAAACCCUAGGUGCCUCCGGUUUGAGGGAGGAGGCAGGGCACCUCCAUCCCAGAGGAGGGAACGCAGCCCACCUGCGCGUCAGGGGCCGGCGCGGGGCUGGGCGCAGACACGACUCGGGGCCCCGCCGUCCCUGCGCGCCACUGUCCGCCGCCGGCGCGCGCCGAGGAGCGGGGCCGGGGACUCGCUGCGGGACGGCGCCCGCGCCUCCUGCGGCGGGAGUCCUUCUCCGCGGCCUCUGCCGCCCCCUGCGUCCCCGCCCGGGCUUCCGAGAGUCUGACUCAGGGCGACCGGCAUCGCUUCGCCUCCUCCAGCACACCCGGAGCGCGCGGAGAAAUUACAGGAUUGCAGGGGCACGGCUAAUGCGCUCUAAUUACCCACCUCCGCCGUCAUCCGCGGCGCUCCGCGGCCCUGGGCCAACGCGCCCGCCCUAA